AGCCAAUGAGGCAUUCUGCUGUCCUUCCCUGGCCCUGCCCACAUCCCAUGGGGUGGGGCUUCCUGCACAUUACAGCCCCUUCUCCUGGAGGUGGGAAGAGAGAAAAUGGCACCAACUCCCCCCCUUACAGUUCAGCCCUGCACAAAUCCCAUAGAUAUGGGACACAACUUGCUCCCCUGGGUGAACUCCUUCCUGACCAGCUCACCCGGCCCCUGCCCCAGGAGAAGAGAGAAGCUGCAAGAUGCCCACCACAUGCCAGUAGGGGAAGCAGGAAGGGAAAUUCUGGGAGUGGCUGUCCAUUGCUGCAAAGGGCUUUUGUUUUCUCUGAGUUACCAGCAGUAAAUGUAUUGCAUGCAGGAGAGGAGGAUCAGAGCCAUUUUCCCUGUAGUCUGGUGCUGUCCUCAGACCUCAUUUCUAAUGUGGCGUGAUCAGUUCCAGUUGUGUCAGGAGCUGGAGAAAACCUUGUGCUCCUUAGCAGACAAGGCUCUGUUGGGAUGCAAAGGAAACCAGCUCUCUUGGGGCUGGCCGGUUUCAGUUUCCUAAGGAAGAUCCAGUGCUGGGACGGGACAGGCACGCAGUGUGGUUACAGGAAGAAUUUUCUGCACUGCCGUCAUCUCCCCUGUUCUAACCUGCACAUCCUCUUGAUGUGAGGAAGUUGGUGAGAGUCUCGGUUCUGUGAAUUUGCUCUCUGUAUUGUUCAACAGGAAACGAGGGAGCGAGCAGAAGGCAAGUUGAGACCAGCUUUAGUCACCAACACGCGCAGACAGAAACAAGUUUGCUGCUUUGCUCCUGCCACGGCAGGCGUAGGGGCUGUUGCAAGCUGCUCUCUAGCAGUCAGCAAAGCUGGCACCAGAGUGCCACGGAAAUGCAGAAAAUGGAAACUGGUGCAACACCACCAUAGCGACCACGCGGGAGAGGAGCUAGCAAGAUGUGAGCCUACAGGCGGAGGAAACAGGAAUUGUUCACAGGAAGCGGCUCCACAGUGCAGGGAUUUCUCAGCCAGACAUGGAGCCGGCCAGCGCUCUGGAGGAUGUGUACGUCCUAGUGGAGUACGAAUUUGAGUAUGUGGCUAAGGAUGGGACACUCAUUUCCAUAAAGCCCAACGAGCGGUACGUCCUGUUGAGAAGAACUAACGAUCACUGGUGGCAUGUUAAAAAAAGCAAGGACGCCCGUCCAUUCUACAUCCCGGCAAAGUAUGUGAAGGAACUGCCCCCAGUCACCCGGCCCACCAGUGUGUUCGAGCUUCCUCCAGAAACCCCUGGACAGCUGGUCUCCAAGGAUGCCUUGGAGACAAUUGUCUUUCAGCCAGCCAGGGACCAGCCUUUGGCAUAUGAGUACAAAUUCCAAAGUGCUGCUCAGCAGAAAGAGCAGCACAAAAUGGAUACCAAUGAACCUGACACUGACUUGGGGGCUGGGUCCAUGUGGUCGGGAUCUGGAACUUUGGGGCCUGCUUGCAAAGACACCAGCUUCAAAGGCAAGACCCUGACUCGAGCCAUAGGAGAGGGGAAAGACUCCCCUCCAGUGCUGAGCUCAUUUCACAACCCUCACUGCGCAAAGAGGAGCAGUCACUCUCCGGCACUGCACAUCCCCCCCAUCGAGCACAUGCGCCCGACGCAGUCCCUGGAUGACCUGGCCAGGGUCACCCCCAACCCCCGACUUAGAGUCAGUCACAUGGGGUCACGCAGGGUGGGGACCGCAGCAGGCACUUUGCUUUCCCCACAGCCUCUCAGCAAGAGCCAAUCUGAGAACAUUUAUGAAUCCAUCAAGGACCUGGAGAGACAGGAGAAGGCAGGUACGCGAGCAGGGUCCAGCCGGUCAGCUCAGGCCUGCCAGGAGGAGGAGAACCCCACCCCAGUGUAUGUGAACAUACAGGAACUCCGGCAGCAAUCAGCAGCCACUGACCCCUCCAGACCCCAGCACUGCCCUAGCAGUGGCCUUGCAGACUGGGAGACCCAUACGGACACGUGCAGUGGGCACUUGUUCUACUACAACUCAGUGACGGGCGAGACUACCUGGGAUUCCCCGUUCAGGUGCCCAGAAGAUGGAGUGAGUCCUGUUCCCUCUCCCUUGCCGUCUCUUGCCCCCAGUCCCGCGGCGGCCGAAUGGGGCCAGUAUGUGGAUGACGCCAGCGGCCAGGUGUUUUUCUAUAAUUCGGUAACGGGUGAGACAUCGUGGGAGCCGCCCCCGGCUGCGGACGAGCCCAGCGCCCAGGAGAUGCAGCCUGCAAUUGCACCAUACAGACCCAUGGACCAAAGGCCACCAACUCCGGAAACAGACUAUCCGGACCUGUCCCCCGAGGAGCUGGAUGGUUACCCAGAGGAGGACUAUUCACCGGUGGGGUCCUAUGAGCAGAGCACCUACCCUUACCUUCUGCCAGGGAGAUCCCCCAGGCACUCGGCAGAGCUGAGCCCCUCUCCGGGCUGGUGCAGCCAGAACAACCCCGAGGGGCAAGCCUUCUACCCUGACCAUUUCGCCUCAGACACGGUCUCUGUGCCAGGGGGGCACCGGAGAGCAAGCAGUGGGUCUAGCCAGGACAGCAGCCCCUUUGCCAGCUGGCACAGCUACAUGCCAGCGAUCCUCAUCCAGAAAGAGGAGAAGUUCCAAAGCCUGGACAAGGCUGGAGUUCUUUACCGGACAAAAACAGCUGAUAAAGGAAAGCGAUUACGGAAGAACUGGAGCUCAUCCUGGACUGUCCUGGAGGGGGGCAUCUUGACCUUUUUUAAGGAGUCAAAGCAUUUGUCAUCCAGCAGCUUGAAACACCCUUCCAUGCUGACCACGCCCGAGCAUACUGUGGAUCUGCGGGGGGCUACUGUGUCCUGGGCUCCCAAAGAGAAAUCGAGCAAGAAGAACGUUCUGGAGCUGAAGACCCGCGACGGUUCCGAGUUCUUGAUCCAGCACGACUCUGAGCCCAUUGUGGCCACGUGGCAGAAGACAAUCGCCGACAACAUCAGCAGGCUGUCCACAGACUUUCCUACUCACGACGAGAACGGAAAUGUUGGGGACUUUGGAGCCAAGGAGAGACUGGGAAACAACAAAGAUGAAGACAAAAAGAAUCCAGCCUCUGGGACGGCGGCCUAUAGCCUGGGCUCCGAGAGCGACAUCAGCAAAGUUCGGAACAGGCUGCGAAAGCUCCUCCAGAAACGGCCCCCUCUGCAAUUCCUGCGGGAGCGAGGGUACAUUAAAGACCAAGUGUUUGGCUGCUCCUUGCAAGCGCUGUGCGAGCGGGAGCACCGCACGGUACCGUGGUUUGUGCAGCAGUGCAUCCAGACGGUGGAACACAGAGGUUUGGACAUUGAUGGACUUUAUCGAAUAAGUGGAAAUCUGGCAACUAUACAGAAACUGCGCUACAAAGUGGACCACGAUGAACAUCUGGACCUGGAUGAUGGCCGGUGGGAGGAUGUCCACGUCAUCACGGGGGCUUUGAAGCUCUUCUUUCGGGAGCUGCCAGAGCCACUCUUCCCAUUCAGCUACUUUGACAAAUUCAUCACUGCGAUAAAAAUACAUGACCAGGCGAAGCGCAGCAGGUGCAUCCGUGACCUGGUGUGUUCCCUACCUGAGGUCAACCAUGACACCAUGAAGAUUCUCUUCCAACACCUCUGCCGCGUGAUCGACUACAAGGAGCAGAACCGGAUGUCUGUGCAAAGCGUGGCGAUUGUGUUUGGGCCCACUCUCCUGAGACCAGAGACCGAGGAAGUAAACAUGGCAAUGCACAUGGUCUUCCAAAACCAGAUAGUGGAGCACAUCUUAAAUCAGUACAGCUACAUCUUCCCAGACAGCUAAGCCGGGCGGCGAGCCAGAGCCAACAGUGAAAGCAAGGAGCAGAGUCCCUGGGCUGGACCAUGGCGGCUGCUAGUGUGUGACACUGAAUUGUCCCAGCCUGGACUACAGACAAUGGUGGCGACAGUCCUUAAUAAACUGGCAAUGCUGACGCUGGACUGCAGCUGCCUAGGAUGACUUUGUGCCAUUGGCCACUGGAGCCAUGUGACCAGUGCGCCUCCUUUAGAGAUGGGAAAACAGAGUCAGAGAAAACAGGCACCAGAUCGGUCAUUCUGCAAAACACUCCUGCUCACCAGGGUUGGUACCAGGCUGUUCCUCAGGAGAACGGCCCCAGGAGAGCACAGGGCCUCUGAGCUUUCAGCUGUCCAGCUGCUGAGAGGGGAGGGUCCUCCAUGGGGCUGUGCACUUUCACUUCGCUACAAGUGAAAGCAACCCAGGCAGGUACUGGAGAAGGGGCUGGACAACCUACCAGAUAGUGAAGUGGGGACAGCAUGAGCUGUCCGCCUCAUGCCUGCACCCUUGGAACUGCCAGCAAGCCUCCCACACAGCUCUCACCACCCUCUGGGCCCUGGUGCUGCAGCAUCCACCUCUGUGUGCCCGUCUGCCCCUCAGCCAAAGCAGCCCCUGGGACCCCUGACCAGAACAGCAUGUUAUGCACACCGCGCUGCAGCGCCUCUGCUGGGCUCCAGCCCAGGUGUCACGCAGCCUCCCUCUCUGCAUGCCUGAGCACCUGCAGCCAGUGGGGGAUGACCCCUUAACGCCCCCGAGGUUGUUAUAGUGCUGAGAAGCGAGACACAGGUUAUCAAAAGAGCUCAGCUUCCAGGGAGAGCAAGAGCAGCCUCCCCCGCCCCUCCGCCCCAUGGGAGUGGCCGAGCACUCCCCUAAGUGCCUUGCUCCCUCUCCCCCCCCCCCCCCCCCCCCCCGCACAAUGAGUAGCAGUGUAGAUACCCCCUGCUUUGAGCCCCGGUCUCCACAGUCCCACUCCAGGGCCGUGUCCCCCCCCCAGCCUAGGCUGUGUUACUGAGAUGGGAGUGGGCUCUGGUGCUAAGACAGCUUAGAGCCAGUGCAUACCAAGGAGGGGGCUGAAGUCAACCAACCAACCUGCCUUGAAAACUCCCCUUUUGUAAUUAAAAGGAGCCCCCCCCCGUCCCCUCGCAGCUCUCUGUCCUCCAGGGAAACCACUCCAGUUCUGCAGGCUCCUGCCCACUCCUGAGUGAGGGGCUUAGUUCAAAGUCCUCUGGGCGCCUGCAGAGGCCCUGGGCCGUGCAUUUAAAUGGCUCACUGGCUGUUUUAGGGCAUUGCCUGGAUCUGCUCUGGUCUCCCUGCAGCAGGGUGCCCCUGGAAUUGGCAGCGAUGCUGCCACACAGGGCUGCCAACAUUUCAAAGCAUCAGACAGGGCCAACCUGUGCAUGAGGCAGGGACCUGGGGCCUCUGAGCCCCACCUGGGUCGGGUUCUGCGCUGCCAUGGGGUGGGCAAAUAUUUCUGAGCUGAAUAUCCAUGAGCCUGGCUCCUUCUGCCUCCAUUGCCCAGAGCAUGUCCCCCAUGGAGCAGGGCUCCCCACAACUGCUGCCUCAGAACAAGGCCUGGACUUGUCUCCCACUCCCCCUGCCCUCUCAGGCCCCCUUCUCUCUCCCCCCACCUUUAUCACCCUAACAUCUGCCCCUCUCCCAAGCCCCCUUCCAGCACCCAUCCCGCACAGGCACAGCUGCCUUCCUCCCUAUCGCCACUGGAGAAUCAUGGGAGUAUGCAAGAGUCAUGUCCAUUCACAGGCAAGUCCACAAGUCCUGUCCAUGCCUUGUCUAUUAUUUGUGUUAAAGUCGCGCCCUGUUCUACUAGGCCCUACACAAACACAGUGCAGGCAGGGCUAGUGGGGAAAUGGCCGUUAUUUUCUGUGAAACAAGUUCACAAUGUGAUGGAUUUUUUUUUGUCAAAAUUCUGUUUCCAUUGGAAUCAAAACAUAAUUUGUUUGGUUGGGGGCUUUUUUGCACUCCUGUCCCCCAAAAACACAAAAGGGGGGGGAUGCCCCAACAAACUGUGACAAGGUGGCGUUUUGGUUUGAAUUAAACUGAAUGAAAAAUUUUUUUUUA